AUGGUUAUGGAGCGGCUGGCGGACUUCGUCAGCAAGUCUCUGGAGGGCGGAGAGGCCCCGGCGCCACCUCCAGAGCCCGGGGACCACGAAGACAUGGACGAGGAAGUGGAUAUCACAGCUCUUGAAGAUAAGGCUCCUCCGGCCAAGCGACCGAGAAAUUGGCUGGUGUCUCCUCUCCCUGUACAAAAUUACAAAAGAGACGAUGAUGACGAUGAUCAUAAACACGAUAUAAAUGACAAGUCGAACGGCAGUAUCAGCUCGGGUGGUAAGCAGCGUCGUUCACGGACCAACUUCACCCUGGAACAGCUGGGGGAGCUGGAGAGGCUGUUCGAUGAGACGCAUUACCCUGACGCCUUCAUGAGGGAGGAGCUCAGCCAGAGACUAGGGCUCAGCGAGGCCAGGGUGCAGGUGUGGUUUCAAAAUCGACGCGCCAAAUGUAGGAAACACGAAAGUCAGAUGCACAAAGGUCUGCUGGUAGGUGGUAGCGGAACUCCCUUGGAGCCAUGUCGCGUGGCACCGUACGUGUCCGUGCCACGGCUGUCGAGCACCACUCAGCGAGCCCCACCACCGCUACCACUCACACCACACCCACCACCUACAGCUUUCGCACCAUUUGACUCCGCUAUGCUGUCUGCUGCCGCUCACCAGUAUGCUAGUGCGGCUGCGGCGGCGGCGGCGGCAGCGUUGUGUCCUCCGUAUGCUGGUUUAGCGGCUCUGGCGGCUCGGUGUCGGUCCUCAUCUAUAGCGGAUCUGCGACUGAAGGCUCGCCGGCACGCAGCGGCGCUUGCAGCUGCGAGGGCUCCCUCGCCCUCGAACUCGCCCGCUCCCGCUCCCGCUUCUGCACCCGCUGACACUUAGCCCACGCCUCGGACGCAGAUUUUUGAAAUCGAAACGCAAUUAAAUCACCAAAUGGUGAAGUCUAACGUGUCGUUUUAAAAGACGUGAUUAUUUUAAAUUUCGACCAAUGAAUGAGAGUCGUUCUAAUAUAUUUGUAAAUGAAUAACUGUGAUAGUGUUUUAGUGGGCGGGUGUCGGUGACGAUUGUAAUAACAUCGAUCGUAUGUUAUUAAAUCAAAAUUAACAUUAAAUUUCUCGCUAAAAAUUACAUUAUAUUAGUUGUUAAGAAUGUAAAUACAAAGUUAAUUAUCAUGUUUAUACACUUGAAGUUAAGUGAAAAGCU